GAUCUGCAGAACAGGUGCUUGUAGUUACCUUUAUGGCCACUAGAUGGCAGAAUGGGCAGUUAGGGUCGUUAUUCGCUAUGGAAAUUGUGAAAGAAGAAGCUUUAGAGCUGUUGGAGGGAAGUACGACGGUAAGUUAUGCACGUCUCGUCAAAUUUAACAAAAACAAUAGUUUUUUUUUUUCAGUUUAAAUUGAAGAAAUAUUUACCACAGUGAGUAAGAGACGAAACAGAAAAAACAAUGAGUGGACAGGGAUCCAGUAGAGGUGGUGGAUCGAGAGGUACCAGCGGUGGAUGGAGAGGAGGAGGCCGUGGAUGGAGAGGAGGAGGAGGUGGAUGGAGAGGUGGAGGCGGUGGAUGGAGAGGAGGAGGCAGUGGUUGGAGAGGUGGAGGCGGUGGAUGGAGAGGAGGUGGUGGAGGAUGGAGGGGCAAACCAUGGAGAGGAGGGUCAGUGGGAAGUGGAGGACCAGGAAACCAUGCGAGCCCUCAACGAGCUCCGGCUCAGACAACACUUGAUAUGUUGUGUCCGUACAAAGGGUGGCAACUUUACUUCACUGAAGGGUUCAUACAGAGCUCACCGAGUGUUGAAAAAAUCAAGGUGUUUGAGAAAUACUUCCUUUCCAAGAUUCAGCUGUACGACAAGGAUGAGAUUGAGCGGCAGGGCAGCAUUUUGGUGGAUUACUCAGAUUUGAUUGGGGACAAGGUUGUGCGUAGAGUUCUGCCUGACAUCACUACGCAGCUGAAGGAGCAGCCAGAGUUGAUGCUAAACUGUCUUGGAUUGGCAAUUCACCAGGUGUUGACGGUAGAUUUGGAAAAGCAGGCCUCGGAGCUGCAGGAGGAAGAACUUCCUGUUGCUUCACCGUUCAUCAACAUCCCUUACAUCAGUGCAAGACUGUACAACUACGAACCACUGACGCCGCUGCGGAUGUUGCGUGCCAGUGUGUUUGGACGACUGGUGUGUGUGAAGGGAACAGUGGUCAGGGUGGGCAAUAUCAGACCUCGUUGUACCAGGAUGGCAUUCAAAUGCCUGGGCUGCUCAAACACACAGUCUCUGCCACUGCAGCACGGGAAAUACGCCACGCCCACCAAAUGUAUCCAGCCAGAAUGUCGCAGCCGCUCUUUCGUCCCCAUCCGCAGUUCACCUCUAACACACACUGUCGACUGGCAGAUCAUCAAGGUGCAGGAGUUAAUAGGUGGAGAGCAAAGGGAGACCGGACGAAUUCCCCGCACUGUCGAGUGUCACCUGACCUCUGACCUUUGUGACAGCUGCGUCCCUGGGGACACUGUUACCGUGACGGGAAUAGUCAGAGUCGCCAAUGAUGGUAGUUCUAGAGGGAAUAAGGAUCAGUGCAUGUUCCUGCUCUACCUUGAAGCCACCUCAGUCAGUAACACCAAAGGUCAUCAGUCCAAGUCUGGCCAGGGGUCACGAGGGUUGCUUGAAGACCAGUCUGCAGGUGAUGACUUCACCCUUAAGGAGUUGUACGCCAUCCAGGAAAUCCAGUCACAGCCUAACUUGCUGAGACUCAUAGUACACUCUUUGUGUCCAGUUAUCUUUGGCCAUUUGCUGGUGAAAGCUGCACUUGCCCUGGCAUUGUUUGGUGGACGCCAGAAACACCCAGGAAAGAACAGUGUUCCAAUUAGAGGAGACCCUCACAUCCUGAUGGUGGGAGACCCCGGACUGGGAAAGAGCCAGAUGUUACAGGCAGUGUGUAAUGUGGCCCCCAGAGGAGUUUAUGUAUGUGGCAACAGUACCAGCACCACAGGAUUAACAGUAAGCUUAUCACGAGAUGCAGGAACGGGGGAUUAUGCUCUUGAGGCUGGAGCGUUGGUGCUGGCUGACCAAGGUCUGUGCUGCAUUGAUGAGUUUGAUAAACUAGGUCACCAGCAACAGGCUCUGCUUGAAGCCAUGGAGCAGCAGUCAGUAAGUCUGGCAAAGGCAGGAAUAGUUUCCUCUCUACCUGCCAGAACAUCAGUCGUAGCAGCUGCCAAUCCAGUUGGAGGACAUUACACCAGAUCCAAGACUGUUUGUGAAAACCUUAAAAUGGGCUCCGCUCUCCUCUCUCGCUUUGACAUCAUCUUCCUCCUUCUGGACAUCCCGGAUGAGACCCAUGACCGCCACCUUUCGGAACACGUCAUGGCAAAUAGGUCAGGAAAAGGCCGGACCAGCAGCGCCACAGUUACCAGGGCUGCUGACAACCAGUUAGAUUCUUCCGUCUUGCUAGAAGACAUGCCGCUGUCUGAACGUUUGAAGAUCCCCGCAGGUAAAGUUAUAGAUGCCAUUCCAGCCUGUUUGUUAAGGAAGUACGUUAGCUAUGCCCGGCAGUACGUGAAUCCGGUGAUCUCUCCCGAGGCUGCAAAAACAAUCCAGGACUUCUACCUGUCACUAAGAGCUCAGUCUCAUUCCGCUGAUGCCACACCUAUCACCACACGUCAGCUGGAGUCCCUGAUUAGAUUAACUGAGGCACGAGCCAGGUUGGACCUCAGAGAGACAGCAUCCAAGAGUGAUGCCGAAGAUGUCAUCGAAAUUAUCAAACACAGUCUGGCAGAUAUAACUUCCGAUGGGUUGGGCAACCUGGAAUUUGAAGUAUCCCAGCGUGGGUCCGGCACGAGUCAACGCAGUGCAGCAAAACGUCUGGUCAAUGCACUGCACUCGCAUGCGCAGAGAACCAAUCAGAAGCAGUUCGAUUUGCAGACGCUCCGAGCCAUGGCCGAAAAGAUAAACAUCAAGGUUAUGGACUUUGAAGGUCUGGUGAGUUCAUUAAAUGAACAGGGUUUCCUACUAAAGAAAGGGGCCAAGUUGUACCAGCUACAAACAGACUGAACUCUGCAACUACUGCAGCACUCAGCCAAGUGUUUACACCAGAGAACACAAGAAGACCAUACAAUAAGAGUAAGUUUGGUCAACAGUCAGCUGUUUUGACACCACAUAGUGACCCAGGAGCACCAGUUCACCCUCAUGGACUACCCAAGGUGCCCUUGGAGUACAGUAGCAUUACAGAGCAUUACAUAAUUUUAUUAUUUAUUAUUAUUAUUACAUUUUGGGGGUUGUGUAUCAAACAAGUAGCAAUUUAUAUACCCACAGUUUGUAAAAGGUUGGUGAACCAACCUGCCAUGAUACUUUGAACAACUGUUAAGAAUUGUAGGUGAUGACAUACUGUACACGUUGUAAUGCUUUUGGAUACCAUUUCCUGUCCUGUUUAGUUUCUACUGUUUGCACUUUAUACAUUUUUAUUAAAAAAAACUUAUCAAAAACACCUGUUUUCCUGUAAAUAUAUUUUUGUUUGGUGCAUUGAAAUGGCUCUUGAAAUGGUGAAGAAUGUG